AUGAAUUCUCCCGGCUCAUUGAAGGACACCUACGGGCCUGACCAUUACCGACAAAUUCACGACGAGACCUUUUGGACAAGACUGACGGAGCCGAGCGUCGUGUUGUCUCUAUUCGCUCUCGUAGCAACAGCCACCUACUCCAUCUUCGGCGCUUCGGCUCUUCCAACGCCCCUCUUGUCCCGCCUCGGUCGGACCCUCUGGAACACUCUUGUCUGGCUUAUCCCGUUUGACGCCCUGACCCUUCUCGAAGACUGGCUUUAUCCGCCACUAUUUCCACGACCGAUGCUCCAAAAUCGAGCGAGAACGCACGCUGCAAAGAGCGAGCUCCUCAAGAACAUACUGGGCAUACAUAGGCAGGGAGGCAUCAUGGGGACGGUGUCUCAGGCCGGCAUUCGGGGGCUAUCAUCCGUCUCUAGCGCCGUCAUGAGUCUCAAAGGGUCCAGCGACUACCCACCAGGCUUGGGAAACCUGUCCAACUCGUGCUAUCAGAACAGCAUCCUGCAAGGCCUUGCGUCGCUAAAGCCGUUCCCCAAAUACCUGGCCGACCCUGUCCAGGAUCCCGAAAUUGACCGACGGAAGGUUGAGGCCGUGGAUACGCUCCGGAUUUUGAUUGCGGACCUCAACAGCGCUCGAAACUAUGGUAAGACGCUGUGGACCCCCGGGUCGCUGAAGAACAUGAGCACAUGGCAGCAGCAGGACGCCCAGGAGUACUUUUCGAAGCUGCUGGACGAGGUGGACAGGGAGAUUGCCAAGGCAGCAACGGCGAUGCAGAAGCCGAUGGGAUUCGAGUCGGAAUGCGCGAACGACGACACCGCAACGAGCCAGCAUAGUGACGACAGCGGAUACCAGAGUUUGUCGACGGUUUCGAAGAUUAGCUCAGCCAGAGUGUUGCGGAAUCCGCUCGAGGGGCUGAUUGCACAGCGAGUCGCCUGCGUCGAGUGUGGGCAUUCGGACGGACUGUCGAUGAUUCCCUUCAACUGCCUGACCCUGAGUUUGAACGUUGGCGGCAACGAUCACGACCUCUACGAGCUGUUGGACGCGUAUGCGCACAUCGAGUCGAUUGAAGGCGUCGAGUGCGGCAAGUGUACGUUGCUGAAAGCGAAGCGGCUUUUGACGAUGAUCGUCGAAAGAGCCGAGGCGUCAUAUACGGACGAGGAGAAGCUCAAGGAGCCGAAACUACGUCUCGCCGCCGUCGAAGAGGCGCUGGAGGAGGAUGACUUUGAGGACAAGACGCUCACCGAGAAGUGCAAGUUCCCAUCUCAAUUCAAAGUCUCGUCGACCAAGACGAAACAGGCCGUCAUUGCUCGCCCUCCGCAGAGUCUCGCUGUUCACAUGAACCGGUCCGUAUUCGACGAGAAUACCGGCAUGAUGUACAAGAACUCGUCGGGCAUUCGCUUCCCUUUGACGCUGGACCUCGGCCCAUGGUGCCUCGGCAGUGCCAGUAUCAGUCAUCAACCCGUCGAGGAGCAGUGGCUGCUAGAUCCCAGGUCGUCCAUGAUUGCCGGCGACAAGCGCAAGUCAUACGUCACCGGUCCUAUAUACGAGCUGCGGGCUGUCGUGACCCAUUAUGGAAGACACGAGAACGGGCAUUAUGUUUGUUACCGGAAAUUUCCUCGUCACUCGUCGCCAGAGGGCAGUGCUGAGGCGCCGGUCAAGUCUGCGGCUCUAGACGAUGAUGAGGAGAUGGACUGGUGGCGCUUGAGCGACGAGACUGUGAGGAAGGUUGACGAGGAGGAGCUCCUGGAUCAGGGCAACGUCUUCAUGCUGUUUUACGACUGCGUCGAUCCCAACAUUAUUCCGUCGUCUGAGGUUGCAACUGCAGAGACUUCUCCGAUGAGUACAGAUGCCCCUGUAGACGCAGAAGACGACGAGACGCCCACAGUGGAGAAACCCGCGUUCACCUGCACGGUGAAGGAGAUCUCCGAUGACGACGAGGAGGAGCUCGCUAAUGAUGUGUCUGCGGUUGAAGAGGGAGAUGCUGUGUCACUCCCGGGAGAUGAGAGUACAAGGACAGGCGAAAAAGGACCCCGGAUGAUUGCGGUCUGA